AUGGCGUCAAACGUCCACGGCGGCGGCAGCGGUGGUGCUCACACACAACCAUCGCUGCCCUCGUUGCCUGCUCACCUUCAGUCUGACACGCAGAUCACGGCACACCUCGCCAGUCGAUUCCAUGUCAACAUACCGACGGCACAGCUGUCCUCCCACGCCCUGAUUUCCCUCAACACCUACACCUCGUCCACCAAGGGCCACGAUGGGGGCAAAGAGGGAAGCGCCAUGGCUGGUGCCGAGGACAUGGCGGAUAGGGCCUUCAUCAGGCUGGGCCAUCGUUCCGAGAACCAAGCCAUCCUGUUCCUUGGUGAAUCCGGCUCUGGCAAGACCACCGUGCGAUCACACAUCCUCACCGCCCUCCUGAACAAAACCUCUACGCCUCUAUCCAACAAGGUCUCCCUAGCCGCGUACGUCUUCGACACCCUGACGACUACCAAGACUGCCACCACGCCGACUGCUUCCAAGGCUGGUCUGUUCUACGAGCUGCAGUACGACACGUCCUCCUCGACACACCCUCAGCUGAUUGGUGGCAAGCUGCUUGAUCACCGUCUCGAACGGAGCAGGAUCGCAGAAGUACCAACCGGAGAGCGAAAUUUCCACGUUCUCUACUACCUUCUCGCUGGGACUAGUGGUGCUGAAAAGCAGCAUCUUGGUCUUGAUCAGCCUGGCGGGACCAGUCAGAAGAGAUGGAGGUUCCUCGGCCAUCCCACCCAGCUCAAGGUCGGCAUCAACGAUGUGGAGGGCUUUCAGCUGUUCAAGACGGCGCUGCGGAAACUUGAAUUCGCAAGGGGUGAGAUCGCAGAGAUUUGCCAGAUUCUAGCCACUAUUCUGCACAUCGGCCAGCUUGAGUUCGAGACAUCCAACAGCACAACAGUCGCAGGGGACGACAGUGGUGGCUUCUCCCAUGAGGGCGGCCAAACCUCGACUACAGUCAAGAACAAGGACGUCCUGAGCAUCGUGGCGGCCUUCCUGGGAGUUAGCCAGCAAGACCUACAGACAACCCUGGGUUACAAGACCAAGAUCAUCCACAAGGAAAGAGUCACUGUCAUGUUGGAUCCUGCAGGAGCUCGGUCCAACGCCAACGAGCUCGCCAGGACAUUGUACUCGUUGCUCGUUGCGUACGUCAUAGAGAACAUUAACCAAAGAAUAUGUGCCCCCGAAGAGUCUAUCGCCAACACGGUCUCUAUUGUCGACUUCCCCGGUUUCAUUCAGCAGUCUUCCACCCACUCCACGAUCGACCAGCUUCUCAACAACGCUGCCACGGAGGCUCUGUACAACCUGACAUUGAAGAAUUUCUUUGACAACAAGGCGGAACUGCUCGAGAGCGAGGAGGUGUCUGUCGCGGCAACAAGCUAUUUCGACAACUCAGAUGCCACUAAGGGGCUUCUGAAACCUGGCAAUGGUCUGCUGAGUAUCCUUGAUGACCAAACUCGGCGUCACCGCACUGAUAUACAGCUGCUGGAGAGCUUGAGAAAACGAUUCGAGGGCAAGAACCCGGCCAUCUCAGUCAGUUCUGCUACUGCCAGACUCCCAGGUAGCAACUUCCUAUCCGAGAAUGCCGCUGCUUCGUUCACUGUCAGGCAUUUUGCUGGAGAGGUCGAAUAUGCUGUAAAGGGCCUGGUGGAAGAGAACGGUGAGGUUAUCUCUGGCGACUUGCUCAAUCUCAUCAACUCGACCAAGAGCGACUUUGUAGCCCGUCUGUUUGGUCAGGAGGCCCUGCAAACCGUCGUUCACCCACAGGAGCGAACUGCUGUCAUGCAAGCCACCGUCAGCUCCAAGCCUACGCGUGCUCCGAGCGUCAUGUCGAGGAAGAACAGGUACCGCCCCGGUACAGUGAGGCGCCCUGGAACCGCGGUUACCACGGCUCAUGAGGAGUCUGAGAAGGUGGAGGAGGAAUCCAGUGAGCCAAAGCGAAGUAUUCGCCACAGCGAGCAGGGAGCAUCCGGUCAAUUCUUAUCUGCUCUGGACAACGUCACCAAGUCUGUGACUACGCCCGGCACCAACGCAUACUUUGUUUUCUGUCUUAAGCCCAACGACAGGAGGAUUGCGAAUCAGUUCGACAGCAAAUGUGUGCGGACACAGGUACAGACGUUCGGCAUUGCCGAGAUCAGCCAACGCCUGCGCUCAGCAGACUUCACAGUGUUUCUGCCUUUUGCCGAGUUCCUGGGCUUGGCUGACGCGGACACUAUCCUCGUUGGCAGCGAACGGGAGAAGGUCGAGCUGGUUGUUGAGGAGAAGCGGUGGCCGAGCAACGAGGUGCAAAUAGGCUCGACCGGUGUCUUCCUCAGUGAACGCUGCUGGAUGGAAAUGUCCAAUUUUGCCGAGGUGGAGUCUACCCGUUAUCGACUGCCAUCCGACGCAGGUGACAACCUCACCCCUGGCGCGACCCCAAGCGACCCCUUCGCAGCUUCGAAAGAGCGCCUGCUCUCUGCAAGCAAUACACCUGGCUACAACGACAAAACAAAGUCUGGGUACUUUGGCAGCGACGAUGUUGAUGCUCGCUCAGAUGCCGGAGUGUCUGCGAUGGGCGGUGGCGACAUGUUCAAGAACCUCGAGACCCGCGAGGAGAUGGCACAGAAGAGCAACGAGAAGACAAUGGAGGAAGUUGAGGAAUUCAGGGACAGUGGCACUCGAAAGCGAUGGGUCUUCUUCGUCUAUGUCCUAACUUUCUGGGUACCCGACGUCCUCAUCCGUGUCAUGGGCAAAAUGCCUCGAAAGGAUGUGCGCAUGGCCUGGCGAGAGAAGCUGGCAAUCAACAUGAUCAUCUGGUUCAGCUGCGCGGUCGCUGUGUUCUUCACUAUUGCUCUGCCCUCGAUUAUCUGUCCCAAACAGAAUGUGUUCAGCUCUUCCGAGCUCACGGAUUACAACGGCAAAAACGGCAAGGGCUCCUACGUCGCCAUUCGCGGCAUCGUCUUCGACCUGAACGCUUUCGCGCCGACGCACUAUCCCUCGUACAUCUCGGACACGACCCUCCAGAAAUUCGCCGGUGUAGAUGUCACCGAUCUGUUCCCAGUACAGGUAUCAGCCCUAUGCCAAGGCGUUGAUGGCACCGUUGACCCGUCUGUGACCCUGGACUACACAUCGACCAACUUCACGGGAUCUUCGAGUACCACCAGCCUGACCUCCCUGUACUCCAAGUAUCAUGACUUCCGAUACUUCACAAAUGACAGUCGUCCAGACUGGUUCACGGAACAGAUGAUCCGGCUCAAGCAAGGCGGCUUCAAGAAGGGCAACAUCGGCUACACUCCUGAAUAUAUCAAGAAACAGGGCAACAAGGGGAAGUCUGUCGGCAUCAUAGGCUCGCGCAUUUACGAUCUGACCAAGUACAUUGCUGGUGGCCGACGCAUGGAAGCCCCUGUUGGAGAAUCACCACCAACGGACGGCGAUCUGGUCAACUUCAUGAAUCCACUCGUUGUCGAUCUCUUCCAGCAAAGGGCCGGCGCAGAUGUUACCAAGCUGUGGGACGCUUUGGCUAUCGACACCAGCAUGAAAUCCCGGAUGAAGCUGUGUCUGGACAACCUCUUUUACAUCGCAGACGUCGACACCAGGAAUUCCGUUCGGUGUCAGUUCGCCAACUACUUAAUUCUGGCCGUGUCUAUCCUUCUCUGCUCCAUCAUUGGAGUCAAGUUCCUCGCCGCGUUACAAUUUGGCGGAAACAACGUCCCAGAGAAUCUAGACAAAUUCAUCAUGUGUCAGAUUCCAGCCUACACAGAAGACGAGGACUCUUUGCGUCGUGCCAUCGACUCAGCUGCUCGUAUGCGUUACGAUGACAAGCGCAAAUUGCUGGUUGUGAUUUGUGACGGCAUGAUUAUCGGACAAGGUAACGACAGGCCCACGCCUCGUAUUGUUUUGGACAUUCUUGGAGUUUCAGAGACUGUCGACCCUGAGCCCCUCAGCUUCGAGUCUCUCGGUGAAGGAAUGAAGCAGCACAACAUGGGCAAGGUCUACUCUGGUCUGUACGAAGUACAGGGUCACAUUGUUCCGUUCAUGGUCGUGGUCAAAGUGGGCAAGCCUUCUGAAGUCUCCCGUCCGGGUAACCGUGGCAAGCGAGACUCACAAAUGGUCAUCAUGCGCUUCCUCAACCGUGUCCAUUACAAUUUGGCCAUGAGCCCGUUGGAACUGGAAAUGUACCACCAAGUGCGGAACAUCAUCGGAGUUAAUCCCACGUUCUACGAAUUUCUCUUGCAGAUGGACGCAGAUACUGUCGUCGCUCCAGAUUCUGCUACCCGCUUCGUCUCUUCGUUCUUGGACGACACUCGCCUGAUCGCUGUCUGCGGAGAGACCGCUCUUACCAACGCUAAGAGCUCUUUCGUCACCAUGAUACAGGUCUACGAGUACUAUAUCUCGCACAACCUAGUCAAGGCUUUCGAGAGUUUGUUUGGCUCUGUCACCUGUCUUCCCGGUUGUUUCACCAUGUACCGGAUCCGCGCCGCGGAUUCGGGCAAGCCACUCUUCGUCAGCCGGGAGGUCGUCGAGCAAUACUCAACCAUUCGUGUCGACACUCUGCAUAUGAAGAACUUGCUCCACCUGGGUGAGGAUCGAUACCUGACGACGCUGCUCCUGAGACAUCACCAGCAGUACAAGACGAAAUAUAUGAUGAAGGCAAAGGCAUGGACUAUCGCUCCGGACUCCUGGACAGUGUUCCUCUCGCAAAGACGUCGUUGGAUCAACUCCACAGUGCACAACCUGAUGGAACUCAUGCCCAUGAACCAGCUUUGCGGUUUCUGCUGCUUUAGCAUGCGAUUCAUUGUUUUCAUGGACCUGCUGACCACCGUUGUGCAACCUGUAACAAUUGCUUACUUGGUCUACCUGAUCGUUCUCCUUAUCACCGACGCUACUGUGGUGCCCAUGACAGCCUUCAUCAUGCUCGGUGCUAUUUACGGUCUGCAGGCCAUUAUCUUCAUUCUUCGUCGCAAGUGGGAAAUGAUCGGGUGGAUGUUGCUCUACGUGUGCGCAGUUCCCGUGUACUCGUUCGCUCUCCCUCUGUACGCUUUCUGGCACAUGGACGAUUUCAACUGGGGCAACACCCGUGUCAUCGCUGGUGAGAAGGGCAAGAAGGUCGUCAUUUCUGAUGAGGGCAAGUUCGACCCGGCCUCUAUCCCCCGUAAGAAGUGGGAGGAGUACCAAGCCGAACUUUGGGACGCUCAGACAGCUCGCGACGAUGUCCGCUCCGAGGUCUCUGGCUACAGCUAUGCGACUAAGGCGGGCCCCAAUGUUGGCGUUUCCGAGUACGGCUGGGGUGGUUACUCGCCCUCGCGCCCCGGCUCUGUCGUCAACUACGGCCACGGGCCGUACAAUGGCGGUAAUGACCUCAAGGUGCCUGGCUCCCAGAGCCGCCUGAGCUUUGCGGCCAGCGAGAUGAUGGGUGGCGGCAACACCCCAGGCAACCGCGCAAGCCAGUUCGGCGGCAGCCAAUUCUUCGGCGGCAGCCAGAACGACCUCGAGAUGAGCAACCUCGCCGGCAUGCCUGGCGAUGACGCGCUCCUGGCAGAGAUCCGUGAGAUCCUGCGCACGGCGGAUCUUAUGACCGUGACCAAGAAGGGCGUGAAGCAGGAGCUGGAGAGAAGAUUCGGCGUCCCGCUUGAUGCCAGGAGGGCGUACAUCAAUUCUGCUACCGAAGCAUGCCUGUCCGGGCAGCUGUAG